AUGGCUACACCGACCAGAUCUCAGACCGCCUCUACUCCCAAACCACAUCUUUCCACUCCCAAUAGACCGAUGGCGUCUCCGCGACCCGGCACCUCCGGCAACUCGAGCCGUCCUCUCGCCUACAAGUCUCCCGCUGUCAAGACGCCGGCCUCCCUUCAUGGCCAUCACGUCAGUGUCUCCUCACAACCCUCCUCUACCCCUCUAGCCGGCACCGCUGUCCAUGACGAUCUCCUAGCGCUCAACUCCCCUGCUGCUGCCCUGAUGAACUCAUUGGGCACGACAGGGUUGACACCGCUGGGCAGCGCCGCGGACGGCUUGGGCAUUACAACCCAUAUACCCGGUGGGCCCGCGAGGACCACUGCUGCACCUGUGAACCCAGAAGCCGAACGCCUGCAUCGGGCGCAGCUGGUGGUGGAAACUCUGAAACGUGGUGUCGGCGGCCAUGGCGUUACUCGGGAAGGCGUGGAAAGAAUUGCCCAGCUACAGGGCUUCACUACUCUCUGGGACGAUGACAACCUGACGAUUGCGGGCAAUUGUGUGGACCUCGAGGUGAAUUUCGAGGCAGGCGGCAGAGACACCGUUAGGGACGUCAGUCUCAAGCUCAACAUUUCGGAAACUGCAACUGAAAGCGAGGAGCCUCAGUUCCAAGAACAAGGCACUCAGGUCAUCAAGGACAACCUUCGCAGUGUGGCCGUGGUCGGUGGUGUAUCGCAAUGGAGAAGGCUCGAUGCGUUCGCCUCCAAUUUACAGUACCUCAGUCAACUCGAUAGAAUCGAAACAGGGUCGCCAUGCUUCAAUGCCGUGGGGAAUCUGUACCAUACGUUUCGGCAAAUCUGGGAUGCUGAAAAGGCGAGAUUUCAAGGACGAAGCCCUCGGCAGCACCUGAGACAGAGCGCUGUGGGCAGGCCUGUCAUGGACCGCAAGCCCAAAUUGGGUUUGGCAUUGGACUACUGGGCUUCCAGCCAAAGACCGGGCCAGCUUCCUGAUGCAGCAGGACGCGAUGAAGUCGAUGAGGGUGCGCAUCUAUACACGGCAUAUAUAUCUUGCGAGGCUGGCUUACCCUCGACUGCUAUUAUGGAGAAAUGGCUGUCCGACGGCGUUCUAGUUGAAGACACAAACUCGAUGCUGAAAUCGGAUGGCGUGAAGCCAAGACCUGACUGGAGGAUGCCUGCCCAUGAUCCGGAAGAGCUCCUAGCUAAACCAGACAAUGAUGGGACAGCAAUGGAGAAACCAACAGACAUCCCGCCCAAUAUCUUGGACUUGCACUUCUAUUGUGACCUUGGCCCUGAAGUCUACCUCCCUCUCAAUGUCGCGGCUAGCCUGAAUGUGGAGAUCACCAUGGUCAACAUUGAUCAGGAGUCCACCCUGACCUAUCAGGCAGCGCUGCAUAAGCAAGCCCAUGCUAAAGACGUCCAUGGUAAUGGCAGCGCCUCUGCGGAGCGGUGGUCGAGGUGUUUGCCUCUCCCGGACGCUACAAAUCCAGACUGUCAGCGGAAGCAUUCCUAUGCUCUGCACUCCGCACAAAGCGCUACAGCUCUCUGGUGUUUUCCUGUCAGACAUCUCAACUUUACCCAUCCCAAGCAGAUUGCCGCCGCCUUGCCGGUCCUCCGGCAGUACGUUGCCUUGUGGCGCAUGCUGCAGAGCCUCGUUGAGUAUGCAGGUCAGGGAGAGGCCAUCGGCUCAGGCCAAAAUGCGCCCAAACGCGGAAGUAUAGACGCAUAUUCUCGUCCCCUGAAGCGCACGAACAACAAGACAUCGAGCUUUCAGGUUGAGGACCUUCUUAGAUCGACGAGCGUACCGAGCACUGAAGACUCAUUGCCUAUUGACUUGACGCUCGACGUUCUCUCGGACUUCUCAAAAGCCAGACUCGAUCUUUACAUUCCUUUGGUCAGAUCAUAUUCACGACAGCAGAAGAGCGCUUUCAUCUUUCUGAGCUUAUGCAUCUGUAAAGACGGGGUGAUUGAAGUCCGCGAUCUACGUGGAUUACCCUCCUCCCUCGGCGAUUCAUCAAAUGUCCGGUCGAAAGUGAUUCGAAUUCUGGAGGCGACGGACGAUAUUGGCUUGACAGUCGAGUGGCUACUGGAGCAAGCUUCUGCGCAUUCAUAA